AUGUGUUUUAAUAAAGGCCUUAUUCCGUAUGCAUUAGAGGUGAUCUUGAAUGUUUAAAUAAUGCCUUAUAUUGUUUUUGACUACGCGAUCAUCUUACGAAGCUCCGUAGAUCGUCCAAUGUACCUUUUGGACAGGUUUCGGCCACGAUUUUGUUCGUGUUGUUGUAUCUAGGGUAUUAAAUAUCGUUGCUACGUUUACCAAAAUCCAGGGUAGCAAAUCCUAGAGUCAUGACAGGACACGUUAAAAUCAUAAAAUCUGCAACGUAACUAAAAAAACAUUGAUUGUAUCGAAAUCUUAGGUCCAUGACAUUUAUAGUAUUAUAAUAUAUACCUCUUUGGUACAUCAAAAUGUCACAUUGCUAAUUUCUAUUUUGACUUUGACUUUUAUACUGAAUACUCCAGCUGUUGCUUUAUUGAAAUCUAAGAUUUUAUUGAUAUUUUAUAUUUUUUUUCAUACGUCACCAUUAGUGCAUGUAGAACAAUUUAUUACUAUGGAUGAGGCUGACAAUAUUUUGUGCAUUCAAAAGUCCGAAGCACACCAUCCUCGCCAGAGAGCCAAGAAGAAUACUAUACCAAGGCGAGAGCCAUCUAUCGUCAUCCCUGAACGUCAAAUAGUCUACAUAACACCAGAUAAGACUACGUGUGCUGAAUGCGCAUGCUUUCCGAAGGAAGAUCCUUAUGUCAAACUUAAAAAACUAAACCCAUGUCAGAAGUCUCCGAUAACUCUGUACGAGUUGGCAGCUAAAGUGGUGGAUGCUCUAAGAUUUCCUGCAGCCUUCAGUUGGAGCGUAGAAGAAGUUGCCGAGUGGAUUGAGAACAUCGUAGGACUACCGCAGUACAGGGAAUGCAUUCUGGACAACCACGUCAACGGUAUGAGACUACUUAUGCUGGAAGAUCCAUCGCAUUUGCCAGCUAUCAACGUCCACGACUUUAAACAUAUACAAAGGAUCACAAAGUCCGUACGACGGGAGUUUGGUAUGGAGUUCAUCAGAUUCUGCCGCAGCAUCGGUCUGCCGCCGCAGAAGCCGUUGACGCAUUGCACCUGGUUCAAGUCAAGGACGGGACCCAACUGGGGUAUUCGCCAGAAUUGGACUAGGUGCGACGUCCUUCGAUGGAUGAAAAUACUGAAUCCCGCUCCUGUACAUCGAGAUCACUGGGAUUUGGUCUGGUACCGAAAACCCGACUACCCUAAAGUGAAGUUCGCUAGAGUGAAGGCACCUCCUUCUCAACUCCACAUACCACACUACGCGCCUCCAGAGGAGGACAUAUGCAGGGAAUAUCAAGCACCAAGAAAGUUCAAGCUGUGCAAGACGGACGAGGUCCAACUAAUUUGGCUAGAACACCGUCCAGGUUCAGACAUCAGAAGCGAAGUCCCAGAGACCAAGACGAAGACUACAGUACCAAAGGAGACCAAGUUAAUGCCGAAGAAGCUGAAGUUGGAAGGAUUGAAAGGGAAAGACUUGCUGCUGGCUAGGAGGAGAAUGCCGAAACCAAAAUUUUGAAAUUGAGACUUACAAAAUCACUGUAGUAAAUUCCUCUUAAUACUUCCUACAGCAAUACUUGAUUUGUUUAUGACUUCAGUGCGAUAAAGCAAACGGAAAUUAUAAACGAGUACCUACACUAUU